UAGCAAGCAAUCUGAAAUGCCUUUUGUUAAGGAUCUGUUCAUAGCCCCUUUCUGUUCUGCCUCAACAUUUGGAAGAUCUUUCAGCUGCUGAAUCCUACUAUUGCACUCAUGGAAAAAAUUGAAUUUGGGGUUGUCUUGCAGAACAGAGCAGGAACAAAGAAGUCUUGGAUAAUGUCCGCGCAGCGCUUCUCCAGGUAACUAAAAGAAUGUAGCUCCCAAUAAAUAAAUGAAAGACUUCACUGCAUAAGGAAUGUUUCACAAGAUGUCUAGCAAUGAAAUGGAGUUUGGCCUUCUCUGAUGGAUUAAACUUGAUGGAACGGAAGUGCAGCCAUUCGAUCAGGAGGAGGUGAUGUCUUACUCUAGGCCUGCUAAAACUGACAAGCCACUUGAGACUUCAGAGGAGAUAAAAGAAGAAAUAGAAGGGGAGAUCCAUUGUCGUUUUCUGGAAACAGCUCCAAGACCUUCAUUUAUGUCUCACUUGACAUACAGUGAAACAUCCUUGGAACUUACCAAAGUUAUUGGCCAGCUGUAUGUUGAUGGAGAGCCUGAGGAAAACCAGCUGGAUGGAGAAUUAUUAUAUUCCUCAAAUUACAAAGCCACAGACGAUCCAGCCCAGCCCCCUUUCCAGUUUCUUCCUAGACCAAACUCUUACAAGAAACUGGGCAGAGCUCCUGAAACCAUUCAAUUAAAACACAGGUUAAACGCUUGCACAUGUUCACAUUUAAGACCUUCACGGCACAGGAUUAACUCCAAAAUUCAGAUUGGCGAGGUGACAAACAUAGAAGCUUCUUUGUCAGAAGAUCAGGAGGAGGAGGAGGAGGACGAAGAUGCUUUCACAGAGCUACCAAUGCGUGGGACAGCUUUGGAGAGCCUGCACAAAACGUGCAUUUCUCAGACGAAACGAAACAGUGAUGGUCACAUCAGUAAUAAAGGUGUCUUCACAGUCAUUGCUGGCAACAAUCCCAAAGAGAAGGAACUGAAAGAGCGCAAAAUGCAUCGGCGGAUGCUGUCUCAGGAGUUGAACAGAGAAAAAGCAGAAAUUGAGGCGAAGGAGGCCUGUGACUGGUUGCGAGCUGCUGGAUUCCCACAGUAUGCACAACUGUACGAAGAUUCCCAGUUUCCUAUUGACAUUGCUGCUGUAAAGAAAGACCAUGAUUUUCUUGACAAGGAUCUUGUAGAACCUCUUUGUAGACGUCUGAACACACUGAACAAGUGCGCCUCAAUGAAACUCGAUGUGAACUUCCAAAGGAAGAAGAGUGAAGACUCUGAUGAAGAAGACCUUUGUGCCAUCAGUAACAAAUGGACUUUCCAAAGGACGAGCCGCAGAUGGUCUCGGGUGGACGACAUUGACACCUUACUUCAUCAGUCAGACAAGCAUGGGUCCUUGGGGGACAUUAAAAUGAAAAUCACCACCAGCAGUGAAAGUGUGCUUACUGACCUGAGUGAGCCUGACGUCUCAUCUAUUCACAGCGAGAGUAGUGGGGGAAGCGACCAUCGGAGUCAUUCUGGAGCCAGCAACCUUCUCAGGGAGACAUUUGACUGUUCAGGACAAUAUUGUGUAGAAAACACUCUUUUGCAUAACUCCACCUCAGUUGGCACCACCCCUUACCAUCCUCCAGAAGACUCUCAUCACCUCGGCAAUGAAAAACCAACACGGACCAGAGCUAAAACCUUUCUGAAGCGUAUGGAGACACUCAAAGCCAAAGGGGCACAUGGAAAAUUGAAAGGCUCCACAAGGACUAGUAACUUAGUGAUAGGCAGACCUGUUCUUCAGCAUGAGCCAAAAGCCCUAAAGGAUAUGCAAUGCGUCCAAAUUGGGAAUGGAAACCUCCAGAACAUAGCAUCUCAAAACGCAGUCAAGCAAACGUUUCCCUUCUCUGCUAAAUCCAGCAGUGAAAGUAGCCAGUCAGAGAUUAGCAGUAGUGGCAUAAGUACUCCCUCCUUAAAGGAACGGAAAUACCAUGAAUCAAAUAAACGAGGCGGCAUGUACCUGGAGGACCUGGAUGUUCUUGCAGGAGCAGCACUGAGGCAAGUGAUAGAUCAGAAUCGUAGAAAUGAAUUUCAUUCCCAGGAGAACCUAGUUGUCCAUAUUCCGAAGGACCACAAACCUGGAACGUUUCCCAAGGCACUUUCCAUAGAAAGCCUCUCCCCUACAGAUAGCAGCAACCGCGUGAACUGGAGGACAGGCAGCAUGUCUCUAAGCAAUCAGAAGUGCUCGACACCCAAAGAGUCCAAUCCCCUUGCUAUCUGUCCAAAGGAGAGCCGAGUUAGCAUUUAUGACAACGUUCCAGGUUCUCACUUAUAUGCCAGUACUGGAGACCUUCUAGAUUUGGAAAGGGAAAAUCUCUUUCCUCAUCUGGAUGACAUUUUGCAGCAGGUCAAUGGGCUUCAAGAAUCCGUAGACGACUGGUCCAAAAACAUAUUGCCAGAGCUGAAGAACAACGAUCUAUCCAUUGGUGAAUGUGGAUCUUUAUCAUUCCGGUCACCAGUCAAGAUUGCAUUAGACUUUGAACAGAACUCUGUAUCGGAUGGCCGGACGACCCCUAGUGAUAUGGACAGAGAUGGGACAUCUCUCAAUGAAUCAGAAGCUACAGGUGUUAGGGACAGAAGAGAUUCUGGUGUUGGAGCAUCUCUUACAAGGCCAAACAGGCGAUUACGUUGGCACAGUUUUCAGAUCUCUCACCAACUGUGCCAUGCCAUAGGAUCACUGCAGAUCAGCAGUCAGUCAGCUGCUCAGUUAAAUCUGCUGCAAAAAUUUUCCCUGCUUCGUCUUACUGCCAUCAUGGAAAAAUACUCCAUGUCAAACAAGCAUGGCUGGACUUGGUCUGUACCAAAGUUCAUGAAGAGGAUGAAAGUUCCAGACUACAAGGAUAAAAACAUAUUUGGUGUGCCUUUAAUAGUUCAUGUGCAAAGAACAGGGCAGCCCCUUCCACAGAGCAUACAACAAGCGCUGCGCUAUUUACGCAACAAUUGCCUGGAUCAGGUGGGUCUUUUCCGGAAGUCAGGUGUGAAAUCCCGAAUACAGGCCUUACGCCACAUGAACGAAAGCUCUCCUGAAAAUGUCAACUAUGAAGACCAGUCAGCGUAUGAUGUGGCAGAUAUGGUAAAGCAGUUUUUCAGGGACCUGCCUGAGCCUCUGCUCACUAGUAAAUUAGGAGAAACAUUCCUCCACAUAUAUCAGUAUGUUCCAAAAGAACAACGGCUUCAGGCAGUCCAAGCUGCCAUCAUGUUGAUGUCAGAUGAAAACAGGGAGGUUUUGCAGACUUUGCUUUGUUUCCUCAAUGACGUCACUUCCGUGGAAGAGAACCAGAUGACACCCAUGAACAUAGCCGUGUGCCUGGCCCCUUCGCUUUUCCAUCUCAAUCUGGUCAAGAAAGAAAGCUCGCCAAGAGUAAUACAGAAGAAAUACGCAACAGGGAAGCCUGAUCAGAAAGAUCUCAGUGAAAACCUGGCAGCAACUCAGGGACUUGCACACAUGAUAGCAGAAUGCGAUAAACUUUUUGAGAUCCCACAUGACAUGGUAACACAGUCUCGGAACUCGUAUGUUGAGGCCGAAGUGCAUGCUCCAACUCUGGUGGAACUGGGCAAGCAAAUGGACGAAGAAGGUGGGAAUUACCGGACCUACCUAGAAAGUCUAAUACAGAGCCUCUGCAAAGAAGCGAAAGAAAAAUUCAAAGGAUGGGUCACUUGUUCCAGCGCAGAAAAUACGGACCUGUGCUACAAAAAGGUAGGAGAUGGAAACCCAUUGAGGAUUUGGAAGGCAUCCGUGGAAGUUGAGGCUCCUCCGUCUGUUGUAUUGAACCGAGUUCUAAGAGAACGCCACCUUUGGGAUGAGGAUUUCUUGCAGUGGAAAGUCAUUGAAACGUUGGACAAGCAGACGGAGGUCUACCAAUAUGUUUUGAACAGUAUGGCUCCCCAUCCUGCUAGAGACUUCUUAGUCCUCAGGACAUGGAGAACUGAUUUGCCUAAGGGGAUGUGCAUAUUGGUGGCUGUAUCCGUGGAACAUGAAGAAGCCCCUCUGAUGGGAGGCGUGCGAGCAGUUGUUAUGGAUUCCCAGUACUUAAUAGAGCCCUGUGGCUCUGGGAAAUCUCGCCUGACACACAUUUGCAGGGUGGACCUGAAAGGUCAUUCGUUAGAGUGGUACAACAAAGGCUUUGGACAUCUGUGUGCUGCUGAAGUUGCCAAUAUCAGGAAUUCAUUUCAACCGCUGAUUGCUGAGGGACCAGAAACAAAAAUAUGAGUGCUGGAUACCGAGAUAUAUGGGGUUCCAUGGACAAACUAGAGCCACUGGGUGAUUUUAGCCUACGUUUGUGCAAUAGCCAAGCAAGGAUUGCUUGGGCAGCUCUGCCAUGGUCUGGUAAUGUCACUCACUUACCCUCCCAGCCCCGUCCUGUAUUCGUUGAUCUCCUUCACUGAAGAAUAUUUGUCCAAGAACUUUUUCAGGCUACACAAAUUGACUGUGGUCAUUGCUUUUCCAUUGCAUAAUUCUAAUAUUUAAAAGCUUCUGAGAAGCUUAUUUUAAAGUGUAAAUAAGAGAUGUAAAUAUUGUAUAGACUUUGCUAUGUAUCAUAUCUGCCUAUAUAUAUAUAUAUAUAUACACACACACACACGUAUAUGUAAAUAUAAUAAGUUUUGUAUAUAAGAGAGAACUUUCUAGAAGAAACUUCCUGCAUCUGUUUGGAAUGAUUUCCAUUCUGUUAGAUCUCAGCAUCUCCCAGCUUUUGUAAACAGCAUUUGCUAUUACUGUUAAAACCAUGACAUCAUCAGCGUGGUGACUAUCAGCCAAGUGAAGUACUUAAGCUGAUCCUAUGUUUGCAAAGCUUAUAUAAAGAGGUGCGUAGAGAUGGGCAUACAGGGUUGAGAAGGGGCUACUAGGAGGCAAGAGAAGGGCAACAGACAGCAGAAAAGCAGUCUGGUCAGAUAGCACUGGCAGACAAUAAUCUACAAUUGCCUGCAGAAAGCAGCAGCUGAGAAUAUAUGCUGGGUAUCUUUGAAAAAGGAAUAGAGAAGUUACAGGAUCAGCUGAAAGCUCACUGUUUGCAGUUUUCAGAAUAUUUGCUAAGACUGUUGGGCUAAUCCUUAGACACCAUGGUAACAAGGAAAUGCUUAGAAUCUUACUUACC